AGGCCCCCAACGACCUGUUUCUUCCCUCUGUUGUAGUGAUGUAUGAAUUUCAAUUCUUUAUGUUUCGUUCCGCUACCAGUAGAACAGUUCUACCUCCCGCUCAUCCAGACGCAGAUCGUUUCGUAAACUUUUCAUUACGGUCUUGGUGUACUGCUAUGGUGAGAUAGAGGAAGCGUCUCGUGAACAUAAGAUCUCAUUCAAAGAUCCCUGCUUUCCAGAUUUGUGCAAUAUGUGCAUGUCUUUCGUUGUGAAUCAAUAUCGACGGUAGAAGAAAUACCUUUUUCGUGGAGUUGCAAGCACUUGAUUUCCUUUAUUUGCGAUCCUAAAAAUUUUCCAGAUGUUGCUUCAUCAACCGUGGAAAUUUCGUGUGACAAUGUGGCAUCCGGUGUGAAACAGUGGGGAGUGCAGGCGAGCGCGGGCAGUUUGCUGGACUCAUCUUGGACUACCAUUAUCAUCAUGGACCACCACGAAAAUACCGAGGAAGUAGUGGGGGAUGGGAGAGCAGCAACGGAACACCCCUCCGCCCAACCUGCGGACGCCAGCGCGAGGUCCCCGGACGGUGACGCGCACACAACUGCCGCACCUGCUACCGAGGCACCGGAAGGCACCGGGACAAAAGAUGGACCACGCCGCGAGGAUACUGCUGCCGGCGACAGGGGCCGCGCAAACGCCGUGGUGGAGCAACCAAUAUCGCUGUCCUUGGAAGAAAAGCUACGAGAGAAGGAAGAGGAGCUGGCGCGUUCGGAGCGCAUGCGAAUUAACUUGAAGACCGCGACGGAGCAGCUGCAGAAGCGCGUGCGAGACUUGGGCGCGGCCAACCAAAGCUUGACCGAGGAAAUAAAGCUGGCAAGAGACACCGCCGAAAGGGAGAAACACGCGAUAGCUGCAGAAGUGGAGGCGCGGUGCGAGCAGGAGUUCAAACGGAAACAGGACGAGAUUCAAGCGCAAGACACGGCGAUCAGCGAGUUGAAGCGGCUCUUGCAAGACGCGGAACGCAGCCUGAAGGAAAUGACGAGCGCAGCGCAGACCAAGGAUCGCGAAGUGGAAGAGAAAAAGGCGGCGCUGGCAUCCCUGGAGGCCGAAUUCUCGAAAAUCGAACAGGAGAUCAGUCUCCGGAGUGCGGAGUUUGCGUCGGAGCAGGUGGCCAAAAAUGGGACGCUCGAAAAGAUGCUGCAGGCGGAGAAGCAAGCUGUCGCUGACCUCACCGCUGAGCUGGCAGCGCAGCGUGCCGAGAGCUCGCGCGCACUGGAGGAGUCGCGCGCCGACGCCGACGCGAAGAUGAAGGAGCUGCAAAUGGACACUGAAGAGAAGUUCGAGAAAAUGAGACAGGAGCACGCGAGUGCGCUGGAAGAGCAAGGAGGCCGCUUCUCUUUGGAAUUAUCUCAGGAGAAAGAGGCAAGAGAAAGAGCUCUUGAUCAGCAGAAGAAUGCUUACGAGGCGCAAUUGGAUGAUAUGCAAAAAGGUCACGACCGUUCCCUUUCUGACAUACAAGCAACAGCAGCUCAAGAACUGGAGGAAGCAAAGCAACACCACGCCCAGGAGCUAGAGCGGCGCGACCGCGAGUUUGCGGAUUUUCGUGCGGGCAACGAGGAAGAAUGUCGCGCUUUGCAGGAGAAGUGGCGCGCCACGCAAUCUGAGCUGGAGGAGUGGAAGCGGACGCGGCCCGCGAGCACGGAGCAGGCCCUGGACACGCUAGAGCACGACCUGACGGAAAUUUUGUCCUUCCAAAAAACCGCGCACUCCGAGGUGCACAAACUGCAGGUGGUGGAAGAGGCGGCGGAGACCCUUGAACGCGAGGCGGCGCAGCUCCGGCAGCAAGUUGUGAUCCUGGAGACGCGGACCCGGGACCUGCGAUCGGAGAACGAGGUUCUGCAGGAGAUGAAAACCGACGCAUUCGCCAAACGCGAGGAUCUCUUGGUGGAGUUGUCCACGCUGCGACGCGAGUACGGGAAAGCGCAGGAGCAGCUGGCGCGCAUCGUGAACCAGGACGCGCGCGUGCAGGAUCUGGCCGCGGCGAGGACGCAGCUGGAGAUCCAGAACGCGUCCUUGCUGCAGGAGCUGACCCGGCUGCGCCAGAGCAACGCCGCGCUCUGCCGGCAACUGUUUCAGCCCGAUGGGGCGGAGGAUGAUCAUUUCGGCCUGGGGGCAGAAGUAGAAGAACCCCGGCGGGAAAACAGUCCUGUGACCUCCAGUGACGACGAGUCUUCUUCAACCUCGAGUAGUACCAGCAGCGACGAGGAGGAGCAAUUCUCGAACCAAUCACCGGAUCAUCAUCAUCAUCACGCGGGGGAGGUUGUACAACAACUAGGCGCGAAGAAGAGAAGGAGCAAGAAGCAAGCUAGUACUUCUAUGCGGCAGAAGAACAAAAGGCCGCAACACGGGCCGGCGCCCACGGGCGACGAGGAGGCCGCGGUGAUACUGCGGGGCCAGCGCUCUAUGGACGAGGGGGAGGAAAACCGAAACGUGCGUCAGCUGGCCACCAUCGCGCGGCUGCAGGCAAAGUUGAUUGCAGUGGAGCACCAGGCACUCGAAGAAAAAACGCAGCUGUUCGACCGUAUUCGCGAACUCGAGCACAAUGGCUACACUGGCAGCGGAACAAAUGUAGCAGGGCGUGGUCCUACGUCUACGAACGUCAGUAGUACAGCGUCCCCGGGUGGUGGAGGCGGCGCACCGGGCGGGGGCUUGACGACCCUUGCCGGUCUCAACAAGCUUAGCGAACAGCGUAGAUCGUCGCCUACCACCGACCCACAGGGGUCGGUGUCUCAGCGGAUGGGAGCACUGGUUUCAGGUGUGUUUGGAAGUGGUAGAUGACACAGACUCGCAAAGGCUUUAAGUAAUUGUCUAGCAUGAACAUGAUGCGCGCCACUACAUUUAUCACACCAGGGCACUUACAAACGCGAUCUAGCACACGCACGCGCCUCGUGCCAAACUAAGUAACCUGGAGCAGAUACGAAGACGAACCGGGAGUGAACUCGUCGUCGGCGAGGUAGGGAAC